UCCUAAUCCCUCAGCCUUGGCUGCAGCACGGCCUUAGGAUAAACUGACAUGUAGGCUUUGGACAUUUGAAAAUGCUACUGGGACGCUAGCAAUUUUUUUUGUAUUUAUGUUUUGUUUUGUUCAGAAGUCAUUUUUAUAUUGAGGGAAUGCCAACUCUGGUUCAGCAUGCAGCACUACGCACAUCAAGGACUGUAAUAGUCAUUCAACGCAACCGUUGAGGCCUUAAAUUUGAGACCAAGACUCAGGAGAUUGCACAGAAUACCUGCAGCCGCACAGCGUAACUCACAGCUCCUUGGGAGGAUUAUGCCAUUAUAGCUGACAACUUGAGCUUCCUCAAGAGUACGACGGCUACAAGGCAAAGUCAGUCCUGCUCCGCUUACACCCAACAGAAACCAUGGAUGACCCCUAUCACAACAACGUGAGCCAGCAGGUGACAGAAGGUGGAGAAUACACCUACACCCAGGAUGGUGGAGGUCAAGAUGGCUACCCUUACCAGACAGACUACCCUCCACAGGACGAGGACGCCCGCAGCGAUGCCACCGAGGGCGCAGACGAUGAUGAGCAGAUGUAUGAGGGGGAGUACCAAGGCAUCCCCCACCCCGACGAGAUCAAAGAGGCGCGGCGGGCCGCUCGGACGGAGGCCAGGAGGAAAGCCCGUCAGGCUGUCCAGCAGGAAGAGGAGGAGGACAACCUGCCAGAGCAGUACGAGGCCCUCAUGGAGGACUGCGGCCAUGGACGCUUCCAGUGGAUGCUGUUCUUCGUGCUGGGUAUGGCGCUAAUGGCUGACGGAGUGGACAGCUUCGUGGUGGGCUUCGUCCUGCCCAGUGCUGAGAAGGACAUGUGCAUAUCCAACUCCGACAAAGGAUUGCUGGGUCUGCUGGUGUAUGUGGCCAUGAUGGUGGGAGCGUUGGUGUGGGGGGGUCUGUGCGACAAGAUGGGGAGGAGGAAGUGUCUGAUCUACGUCCUAUCCAUCGACCUGGUCUUCUCCUUCCUGUCCUGCUUCGCUCAGGGCUACGGCUUCUUCCUCUUCUUCAGGUUCUGCUCCGGCUUCGGAAUCGGCGGCUCCAUCCCGAUAGUGUACACCUACUUCGCCGAGUUCCUGCAGAUGGAUAAACGUGGAGAACAUCUGAGCUGGCUCUGCAUGUUCUGGAUGCUGGGAGGCCUGUACGCCUCCUUCACCGCCUGGGGAAUCAUCCCUCACUAUGGCUGGGGCUUCGCCAUCGGUUCAGAGCUCCAGAUCCACAGUUGGAGAUUAUUCAUUCUGGUGUGUCUCUUCCCGGCGCUGGCUGCACUUGUCGGAGUCGUCUUCAUGCCAGAGAGCCCUCGCUUCCUCCUGGAGAGUGCCCGACAUGAUGAGGCGUGGAUGGUCCUGCGACGAGUUCACGACACCAACUGGAAGGCCAAGGGGGAGCCAGAGAGAGUCUUCACCGCGACCAACAUUAGGACACCACAAACUCAGGAGGACGAGUUCAUAGAGAUCCAGAGCGACACUGGGACUGCCUUCCAGCGCUGGACCGUCAGACACAUGACCAUGCUGCAACAGGUGAUGGCGAACAUCAUGUCACUAUCAGCUCCAGAGCUCAGACUGCAAGGCCUCUUCCUGGUUAUCGUCUGGUUCUGCUUGGCCUUCAGCUACCACGGGCUGGGAGUGUGGUUUCCUGAUAUGAUCAAAUACAUGCAGUACGAGGAGUACGAGUCCAAGGUCAAAGUGUUCCACCGGGAACGGGUCGAACGUUUCCACUUCAACUUCUCUCUGGUCAACCAGGUCCACCGCGAGGGAGAGUACAUCCAUGACAAGUUUGAGAACAUUGAGAUAAAGUCUGUGAAGUUUGAGGAUUCUCUGUUUGAAAACUGCUACUUUGAGGACGUCAAGUCAACCAACACCUUCUUUGAGAAUUGCACCAUCAAAAACACUGUCUUCUAUAACACAGACCUCUGGCAGGAAAAGUUCAAAGACUGUCGAAUGGAGAACACCACCUUCCUCCAUCCGAAGAAAGGCUGCCACCUGAACUUCCAGGAGGAGAACGACAUCGUCAUCUACAUGGUCAGCUUCCUGGGCAGUUUGGCCGUGUUGCCCGGCAACAUCAUCUCGGCAUUGUUCAUGGACAAGAUAGGAAGAAUCAGAAUAAUAGGUGGUUCUAUGUUGGCGUCGUCUGCCUGCACUUUCCUGUUACUGCUAAGUUUCAGUCAAGGAGCUGUAAUAUGUUGGCAGUGUCUCUUCUAUGGCGCCAGCGUGGCGGCCUGGAACGGACUACAGGUCAUUUCUGUGGAACUCUACCCAUCUUCUAAAAGAGGGACAGCGUUCGGCAUCCUGAAUGGGAUCAGUAAGUUCUCUGCCAUCCUCGCCAGCUUCAUCUUUGCAGCCUUCAUCGGCAUCACUAAGAUCAUCCCCAUCUUCCUGGCCUUCGCCGCCCUCGUCUGCGGAGGUCUGGUGGCUCUCAAGCUGCCCGAAACCCGGGAAAAAAUCCUCUCAUGAAAAGCCAAAACUCCUGCAACCUCCGGGCCUCAACCACUGUAUCGCUAUGGGGAAAGCUUUUUUUGAGAGUGUAUCAGCUUAAACUGAAUUGGAAAGACAAAAAAGAAAGAAAGAAAGGCCAUGCUGCGCUAGCUGUGUUUAUGAUUAAAAUGUUGAAAACCUGUCUGGUUGCCUACAUGAACUUGUGGUUGCUUUUUAUUUCCUCUGUGAGCUCCUCAGGCUGCCCAACAUUUCUGUCACAUCAUAUACAACUAGUGUCAUUUCCUUUUUAGCAUUUAUUGCCCAUCCUCUACUCACACACACACACACAUACACGGUGUAGCAACAUUUGUUUUAAGGUUUGUGUAAAAGAAAAAAUAAUAUGAGAUGAAAAUAUGUCUGUACUUGAAAGGUGAUGUAGUUCAUGUUACCAUGUUGUGCUUUGAUUUCAUUCCCUGCUGGACAAAAAAAGAAAGAAAGAGAGAGAACUUAUAGUCAUGACUUGAAUUGGAUUUGAAUCCCGUUGUAUUCAUGCCGAGGCUCAGCAGCAAUAAUGCUGCUGGUGUUGUUAUUCAGAGAACACACCUCUUUCGUUCACCCAGUCUUUAUUUAUUCUGCACUGUCCUGUGGUGUGUAGUCUUUAGUUCACAUGUUGUUGCUUGGUUUGAUCUCUCUAGACAUAAAUCUGGAUUGACCAUUUUAUUAAAUGUAGGUUUUUAUUAUUGAAUCCACUCCUGUUCAUUUUCUCCCAGCUGAUCCAAAUCCAACCUGAACAGCCGACUGCGGAUUCUCCUCCUGUUUGCCGUCUUAACCGUAUAGCGCUGUGUUCUGUAGGUGGUGAUCAUAACGUAGAGUCUUAUCUUCUGUCACAUCUUGCCAUGACAACGUGUAAGGAAUUGUUCCGUUUAUUUAUUUAUUUAUUUUUUCUCUAAAAGAGAGAAUGAUACAACACUGUGAGAUUCUGUGUUUUGAUAUGAUGCUCUCAUUUUAAUGUUCUGAUGAAGAACAGUUUUACAGAACCUGCUGCAUUUCUGACAAACAUGUGUCAAGAUUUCUAAGGAGCAUGUUACUUUUUUUGCAUGACUGAGCUGUGUGUAUGUGAGCGUGUGUGCGUGUGAGUGGUUGUUAUCCACAUGUCUGUGAAUUCACACAAUAGUCUGACUACCACUACUAUAUUUGUUGUUGUACAUACUGUAGACCUGUGUAUAUUUGUUGUAAAAUAGUAGCUCCAUCAUGACUUGAAUAAAGCUGAGGGCUUAUGAUCCA